AAACAAAACUGGGAAGAGGUCAACAUUUAAACCACACACUCUUCUCAGCCUCAUAUUCUGCUUCUGAGAGUUCAGUACUACAGAAGAGAUAGCGCGUUUAUAAAAAAUGUAAAUCAAAGAAAAACAAAAAAAUAAACUAAAACAAAACAAAAUAAUAAACCUAAAACAACAACAACAUUAAAAAAAAAAAAUAUCUUUUGCCUUGUUUUUUUGUGUGUAUCACAAACAUUUUGAACGUGUGGUUUCCCGUUCCCGUUCAUCGUUUUAAUUGUCAUUCGUUGGUUAUAGUCGGUGUAUGCGCAUCAGCAUCUUCUUACGGUAUUUGUCUAGUUUUCUUAAGUGUUUUUUCUUUUGAUUGUUGUUGUUUUUUUAUUUCUUAUUUUGGUUUUUCCUUAAUCUCAAUCUGAAUAUCGUUAUUUAUUCAAUUUGAUGGUUUUUCCGCCGUUUUUUUGCCUGCACUUAAAAAGAAAAAUCAUACAAAAACAAAAAAAUUACAACAAAAAAAAAAAAAACGCGCGAAAACAAACAAUAACAGCAGCAAACGAGCGUAGAGAGUCGGAAUGACCUUCGCGACCGCUACUCAUUCCAUUUACAUUAUUAUUUUUUUCCUUUUCGUAAUUGUGUAGUUGUUGUUGUUGUUGUUGUCGACAACGACGAAACAAACAAACAUUUUUUAACCUCUCUUCGAAAAAGGGGGAGGGGAAGGUAGUAAUAAGUGCAGUGGGGUGACGAAGAGAGGAAGAGACGAGAGAGACAUUCAGCUAUCUAAUCUCUGAGCUGAAUGGCGUCGAUGAGUCGGUGAGACGGUUUGUUUAAUAUCAAUUCCAUGAAGAAGAAUGAAUAAGACAAGAGGGGACAAGGGGAAAGUUAAAACGUAAACAGCUCUAAAGGUGGGCUCUUGGUUUAUCGAUUUGCUCUGCGCAGUUUGUCACACAUUUUGUGUAUUGCCAUCUCGCUCUUUUUGUGUUUGCAUUAAGUGUUUGAGGGAGCAUUUACAAGUACAAGAGAAGAAUGUAAACCUACCAACAACAAAAAGAGGAAGAGGGAGAAGAAGAGUGUUUUUUUUUUUUUUCUUCUUAUUUUUAUUGUUUUGUUUGAAGUCGUGAAUUUGUGUUUGUGCUUGUUACAUGGAAACGCGAUUUUUCUUGGACGACGAAAACAAAUUGCCAUUCGGUUGCAAGUCGACGAGAGAGAAGAGCAAGUUUUUUUUUUGUUGCUACCGCCGCCGCCGCUGUCGUUUACCGCUGCUGUCACUGCCUGUCGCCGUCGUUGUAGCCGGUGAUAAAAAAAAAAACGACGACGACUAUCAAACGCGUAAACACGAUUAAAUGCGUCGUAAUAUUGUGAAAUAAACUUAUUUUGUUUAUUUUCUACAAAAACAAAAAAAAAAAAAAGAGAAUUCUUUAUUCAUUUCAUUUUGUGUGGUAAACAACAAACAACAAACAACAAAUUAUAAAGAGUAUAUAAUAAUAAUAUGGAAUGGUCAAUGGACGAUGCUUUGCAGUUGAUCGAACAAUAUCGUAUGCAUCCGGAAUUAUGGAAUCGAGCUUAUCCAAAAUAUAAAGACAAAUUGUGCAGAUUCCGCGCCUGGUCGAACAUUGCUGAAGCAUUUGGCUGCAGCAAAGCUGAAGUGGAACGUAAAAUGAAUGUUUUGUUGACGCAGUAUCGGCGCGAAAAACAUAAACUCUUGAUGAAAAUAUACAAUGAGGGAAUUCAGCCGGGCCCAUCCAAAUGGUAUGCAUUCAAACGUUUUGAAUUUUUGGAGGGUGGCGGUGGUGGUGAUGCUGCAUUGAGUAUGGGGGUUGGCAGACGGAAGAGUCGUGAUAUGAAAUAUUUUAGUACGAUGGGAUUAGGUCUACCAUUGCUUAUAGCAAACAGUCAAAGCCUAACGGGGUGGAAUGGCGGAGGACCCUUCUCCCCACCCAAUGACAGAAAAGUACUCUGUCCAAUGCCUAUUGGUUUUCCAAAUGUUCAAAACUCAUCAGACAUACUGAAUUCUCGCAAUAAUCCCUUCAAUCAAAAUCAAAAAACCGAAACCACCACCGCCGCCGCCGCCGAGGAGACAAUCGAAAUCGAUGAAAAGGACGACGAGCAUCAGAAUCAAACAACAUCAUCGGCAGCAAGUAGCAAUGCAACACCUGCUGCUGCUAAUAAUUUUUCCGCGCAACAAGACAAUGAAGAAUUGGCAAUUAAGCAGGAAAUGUCUGAUUUUUCACAUCACCCGCCUUUAGGACGCUCCGAUUCGCAUCGAUCGUUCGACAACAGCUCACCCGAUGACAACAGAACCGAAAACGAUGAAUUUGCCCAGGAUCUGAGGGUCAGUGCUGCAGCACAGGGUAUUGAUUUUAGUCGUUAUAGCCUGGCGCGCGGUCUGUUGCAACAAUCGGAACGAUACGAUUCAAACUGUUCACCGCCGCCGCCUCUGCCACGAAAGCAUCAUCAGACCAAUCAAAUGCACUCGAAUGCACAACAGCAAUCGGCGAUGGCAACAUCCGGAAAUAGCAACGAACAGGACGAUUGUGACUAUGUUGGGUCGAAUGUUUCGAUAAAGCUGCGCUCAAUGGAGCGCACUCAAAGGAUAAUCGCCGAAAAGCUCAUCAGCGAGGUAUUGUUUUAUGGACAAAUUGCUGAACUCGAAAAGACUGCUAAAAUUCAACCCAAGUGAGGCGGGUGGAUGUGUGUGUAAUUAAAAAAUAGAUAACUACUGUGAUGUUUGUUUUGAGAUGCGAACAAGGCGAGGAUUUGUCGGUUGAUGGUUUGGAACUGCAGCUGGUAUUCCGACGAUGAUUUUAUCGCUUGUCCAUAGUUGGCUUAGUUUUUUUUUUGUUCUAAGAUAUUGACUUUUUAGUUAAAAACUAUACCUAUGCUUUUGUAAGACUGUUGCAUUUUAAAUAUAAAUAUGUAAUUAAAUUUAAUAUAUAGUAUACCAUAUACUAUGCACUUAGGAGUUAGAACGAUUGUAGAAUAUGUGUAUAAUUAGUCAAAUAAAUAUUUUGAAUUGCAAUCAAAAAG